AUGGGCUCAACAACGCCUUUGGAAGAUGCCAUUCGCGCCAAGCUGACUGCAGCGCUCUGCCCUCUGACGCUGGAAAUCUACAAUGACUCGCACCUCCACGCCCACCACAAGGCCAUGGCAGGCAACAUCUCCAAGGAGACGCACUUCCGGCUAGUCAUUAUUUCCGAUGUAUUUGCCUCCAAGAUGCAGCCUGCACGCCAUCGAAUGGUCUACGCCCUGCUGCGAGAUGAAAUGGCCCUGGAGGGAGGCAUCCACGCUCUUCAGCUCAAGACUUUGACCCCUGAGGAAGAGAAGCGCCUGCAGAAGAAAAAGGCAGCCGAAGCA